UCAAAACAAACGCACACGAAUGGAUGUCAAUUGAUUCACCCUCAAGGGCAUCUUUUGCGGAAAAGUAGACUGAUGAAAAAUUGGUAAAGCCAAAUAGACUAACAGAUUUUCUAAAUUUCAUUUGUAGUCGUUAUUUCCAUUACAAACAGCGUUUAUUUGAAGGCCAGCUGAACUCCAGUUUAAAAGUCACGCUAUUUUUUGUCAACGAGAAACUGAAGAACGUGCUAGAAAUUAAACAAUAAGACAUAAUCUGGGCGUUGUACGUGGCUGUGGAUUAACUAAUCAACUAAUUAGGAUUCAAAAAGCUGCCAAGCUCGAAAUCUGCAUAAAGAAAUGGCCUGCUGUUCUGACGGCCUCAGAAGGUCAACAAUCCAACAUUUUCCACUGUCCAGCACAAAGGAAGUAUGUUUCAACUGCUUCUGGGAAUCGUGAUUUUAUUUCAUCUCGUGUCCACCUCCACAUCAGAUCUUGAUCCAUGCGUUUCAUACAAAGAACUACGAGAUUCCAACCGCUCUCAAUUCCACAGCAUAUCUGGCUUAGACCUCGUUCAGUGCGACAAAAAAUUAGUUCUGGACUGGUAUAGAUUUAAAGGAGGAGCUGGACUAAAAAUGCCGGAUUCGUGCGUCAAAUCUGGCCACUGCGGUACGCAUUCCCCGGGUUGGUUCCAAGGGUCCCAUCCGACGAAGGUUGGUGAUAUUUCCAUCGGGAGAAUUUGCUUCAAUUUUAUGGGCUCGUGUUGUCAGUGGUACACGGCUACUAAGGUGAAAAAGUGCAGUGGUUUUUACGUCUAUCAACUACCUUCAACCCCUUACUGUGAUCUUCAGUACUGUGGGGAUGGUGCUACAGAUCUUGAUUGUGCAGCUGAUAACAACAACGUUACUAUUAAUGGAUCGAACCCAGGCUCCUUGUCAAGUCCAGAUUUUCCCCGCCAGUAUCCCAACAACCUUCAGUGCACUUGGCGUAUAAUGGCGCCCGCGGGCAUGAAAGUAAAACUGGUGUUAAAGAACAUGACACUGGGUCCUAAUGAUUAUGUAAUGUUCCGCGAUGGAGUACGUGACGAUAGCCCAUUGAUCGCCAAAUAUGCUUACUGUGCAUCGGGUGAGAUUCGGCUCUAUUCUACAGAUCAAUAUCUUCUCGUGAACUUCGUCUCGGAUUCAAGUAAACCUGGUAACGGCUUCCAACUGGAUUACGAGACUGUCGAUUCAAGUAAAGUUCGCUGUUCGCAGGACAAAGAUAUUUGUUCACUUAGUAGUGAUAUUAAAAGCUUGCCUGGAAACAUACGCAGCCCUGGAUUACCGAAAAGUCCAUCUGGGAACUCGGGCUGCCGUUGGAAUCUCGAUUUCCCAGUUGGCUACAAAACGUUGGUCGAAUUUUCCUGGUUUGGAAUGGCAGGGAAAGGAAGUCAAAGCCACUGUGUCAAUGAUUAUGUUACCCUUGGUAUGGAUGGCGAGGAACAAUCAAACACAUACUGUGGUUGCAAGCUACCUUCAAAGCGACUUUACGACCGUGAAAAGGUCUUUGUGACCUUUAACAACUCCCAAGCAGCAAACCAAGCUGGAUUCCUGCUUCAUUACCGAGCCGUUGCCGCUGAUGAAUGCACAGACGGAGUUGAUUCUUGUGAAAUAAAAAUGAACCCUGUGGGAAUGAACAAAGAUGGAGAUGUGUGUUACGAGUCUACGAAGCCCACUACAACUUCACCGCCACAGACAACUGCAACAGCAGCAAAAACCAAGCAAGCAGAUGACUUCGACGUGGACGUUAAAUGCGAUACGAAUAAGAUAAAUGUCGUAUUGCACAUCAAGAGCCCUCUACACCACGACCCCGAAAGCGUUCACCUUAACGACGUCUCUUGCAAGCCAUACUUCCAAAACGACAGUCAUAUAUUUAUCAAAUCGACUCUAGACGCAUGCGGAAUGACAUGGAAUCUUUCAGCUGACGGCGAGAUGAUCGUAUACAGCAACGCCAUAACUGCUCUUGUACGCACUCAAAAGACACUGGGUUUGCACGCCACGCGAGAUCACCAAGCAGUGUUCGAGUUUCAGUGCCGUUACAAAAGAAAGGCGGUUUUAUCGGUGGUAUCAUUCGACCCGUCCAAAAUAUUUGUCGUCACUGAUAUAGAGGCGUUUGGAAACUUCACGUUUGAGAUGAACAUGUUCAAAAGCGAAAACUUCAAUGAGUAUUACACGGAGUACCCAGUUGGACCAAUAGACAUCGGAACAGAUAUUUUCCUUCAGGUUUCAGUGACAUCCAGGGAUGCAGGACUUGUUGUGUUUGUGGAUGAGUGUAAAGCCACUCCAACAUCUGAAUAUCAUGAUCAGAUGCAGUUCAUCUUUUUAGAGGAUGGGUGUGCAAAAGACAACGCCCUUCGUUUUAACUACACCUUGUCGCCUGUUCAGCGUUUGAUUUUGAGCGCGUUUCGUUUCAACGCUGUCAAGUCGAAAGAAAUCUUCCUUCAUUGUCUGGUAAAGGCUUGUCUUCGUUCAGACCAAUCGUCUCCUUGUGCCGAGGGAUGUCCAUUUAGCAAAAGAAAAAAGCGAGAAUCAGAAAACGAGAUUGAACGAUUUUUGGCUCUUGGACCAAUAAUUGUUUCGUCUAAUCAACCCAGUGAGAUUACAGAGUCCUUGACACCAAAAGAGAGCACCGCUGUAAUUGGUGUCGUGGCAGGACUACUUGGGUUCGUCGCGUUGUUACUCUUGGCAGCUCUUGUGGCCGUUAUUUACAAGCGUCGUAAGAAACCUGACGUUACUGGGGCCGUUACUCUACCUCUUGUGCGUGACAAUGUGCCGGGUCCUGACUGAGAGCUUUGCAUCAAAUUUGUUACUUUUGUAGAAGAAACCCAAGGUGGUUGGUCACAAAAGUCAAGGCUUGGUCCUCUCAGGAAAACAUCAUUGCUGUAAACUAAGUUACUAUCGGGCAAAAAAGUCUCGAUUUAUCGGCGCUUACAGGGAUAGCUAGGCGGAGACGGCGUAACGGUUACCACCCUAGCCUCUAGUCAGGCUGGUCUGUGUUCUUGAGAAGGACACUUAACUCUCACAGUGCCUCUCUUCACCCAGGUGUAAAAAUGGGUUCAAUGAACCGUUCGAACCUGACAGAAUACUAGGGCGAGGGAGGAACUGGACUAGCAUCCCCCAAGGAGAGUAUCAAUACUCCUUCCCCUAGUUGCUUAAUGUUACUGGGAUCUAAGAUAAGCUCCGGCGUUGUCCGGUAAAGGCAUGGGCUAACGGCUUGGGCUCAAACGCGACCCAACUUAGAAGGAUAGUUAAUUUUGGAUGUUAAUAUUGCACAAUUAAAUGCUCUACCUAACCCCACUCAGUGAAGUAUGAAUAAUGCACAAAACGAGUACACGCGAUAUUCGCAAGUUGUAUGAAAACCACUAACGACAUGCAAAUCAAAACACCGUUCAGGGUCUGGAUACAAGUAAAAUGAAACUGUCGCGUAAUAAAACUGAUAUUGAAAACUCAA